AGGCUAUUGUACAAGCAGCCCAGUGUCUUGGUGGGUCGUACUGAUGUGGUGGCAGUCACCCCAUGGUUGGCACCCAUCGUCUGGGAAGGAACCUUUGACCCUGACCUCGUCGACAUAAUCUACAAGUCCAUGAACCUCACCAUAGCAACAACAGUGUUUGCCGUUGGAAAGUAUAUGGUCUUCAACCACUUCAAUGAAAGGCAAAACAUGGUUUGGUUUGACACUUCCAAAAUACAUAUCCCAGUUGAUGAGGACCAGAGGAACACCAGCCUGAGUAAGCCCAUAUUCAGGAGCAGAGUACAGAACAUCGUCUCUCCAGAAAGGCUAUUGUACAAGCAGCCCAGUGUCUUGGUGGGUCGUACUGAUGUGGUGGCAGUCACCCCAUGGUUGGCACCCAUCGUCUGGGAAGGAACCUUUGACCCUGACCUUGUCGACAUAAUCUACAAGUCCAUGAACCUCACCAUAGCAACCACAGUGUUUGACGUUGGAAAAUACGUCCACUUUCUCCAAGAUUUCCUGGAGACAGCAGAGAAGCACUUCAUGGUCGACUUCAACGUGCGCUACUACGUUUUCACUGAUCGUCCCGAUGAUGUUCCAUCAGUGAACCUGUCCCAGGGGAGACAUUUGAGUGUGAUCCAGGUCCCAGGUUCAAACCGCUGGCAGGAGAUAUCAGCCCGGAGGAUGGAGAAUAUUCAGACAGCCAUCGAACGUCAGAUCAGCAGGGAGGCCGACUACAUCUUCUGUCUGGACGUGGACAGCAAGUUCCACGCUCGCUGGGGGGCCGAGUCUCUGGGCAGGCUGGUUGCUGUGAUUCACCCAUGGUUUUACCAGGCGACACGUGACCUCUUCACAUAUGAACGGCGCCCAGCCUCGACAGCCUACAUCCCAAUGGAUGAGGGAGACUACUACUACGCCGGGGCUGUGUUCGGAGGGUCCGUGGAGGAUGUGUACACACUAACGUCACAUUGGGUAUACAGAUGUCUGGCGCCAUUCAUUUUCUGUUGGUGAAAUACAUACCCUUUGUUUUAUACCCUGAUGAAGACAGGGCUCCUAGAGUGUGCGGCUCUCCUUUAUUUUCAUGAAAUAUAUACUCUAACAUAAAACUACCAUUUUUAAUGUACUAUAUAUAUCAGUCACUGUUGUAGUUUAGGGAUAAUAACAUUCUUCAUUUAUAGGAAAAUAUAUAUAUUUUAUAACCUCAUUCAU